AACGGGCUUGAGGGUAGCCUGAGCAUGCUAAAGCUAGUUGUCCCUAACAAAGCUGUGGCUCGUGCCCUUCAUGCAGUUCAGGAAGGAGUGAGCUGAGGGGAAGCAAGCACAGGCUGAGCCAUAUGCUCUGGAGCUCAGGUUUGAGGAGUGAGGGAUAGAUGAGAGUCAACUGAAGCUCAGAUUUGUGACUAAAGUACCCAUAAUCUGUCUUGCCAAUGAGUCAUGGUCAGCAUCACAAAGAAUUUAAGAGUGGGCUGUUAAACUGAGAUGUUUGCUCUUGAUGGACACAAGGUCACAGGGUAACUUAAAUCUGGUCAUGGCCUACAUCCCAGAUUGCCUUUUAUUCUCUUCCUCUUUGUUGCUGUGUUUCGUUCUAGGAAUGAUCAAUGUGGAAGGCUUGGGUUAGAAGGUAGUUUGCCUAUGUUAUCUUUGGAGAAGCAACUGAAAGCAUGAAAAGACCUCUGGUGGUAUGAGAUGUCCUAAGCCACUGCUGUGAGUGGCUGUUUCCAGCUGAGAACCUGCUACUGCUGGGGCAGGACUCUGCUGUCUGGAGUGGAGCUGGCCUGGGCUUGGCUUCCAACAAGGAAAGUCUUCUUCCUUCAGCUGAGGGACAGUAACCCAGUGCAAUCAGCUUGCUUGCAUGCAGAACAGAACUGAUGGUAGUUACCCUGAGAUUUGAAGCAAAAUAAGUGCCCUCAGGUGGUCAGGCACCACAUCUCUUCUAAGACCAGUUUUAGCAUUAAACAUCUAAUGUGAUGCUAGAAAAGCAUCUGGCUCCGCCCUCCGUAUCCCAUUGGAUUUCUUAUUUUCUAACAUUGCAAAGAAUGAAAUUUUUAAUAUAGGUGCCUGAUAUUUAUCUGUCAAAUAUCCUUGAGGGCUUUUACAGUCACAAAAAUUGAGCAUUAGUCUUGGCCUAUCACUGAAGAAGGAUAUGGGACUCUGCUGUAUUUCCAGUUCCUGUGUAUCUCCAUUUAAUUCUUGGACAAGAAGUUUCCUAGUGUUGGCAAGCUAAUAUGUUUUGUGACCCUUCAGUGUUGUAAACUCUCCUUGGAACAGGGUCAGAAAGCAGGCAAGGAGAAAGAAGGUACUGCUGAGGGAGGUUAUAGCUAUACUAAACUAAGUAGCAGUGUGCAAAUAACUGCUAGCAGAGGUCCCUGUCCCAAGCUGUUUUGCUGAAUGCUGUUCAUCUGCUGGCAAAACGAGCCAGUGCAACUCAGCCUGCCUAUUUAAAUGGCUGACUCUGCAGAAAGCAAACAAGAAAAUUAGUAUAUAAGCUGCACCUAACUUCUGGUACAAUCCACUGGGAGAUGAUUUAAUUUGCCACCUUGAUCUCACUAGAUGCAAGUUUUGCACUUAGUAUGAUCUAGAACAAAAAACCCCACAACUCCUUCUCUGUAUUUCACCUCAGUCAUUAAAUGGUCCUUGCCUUGUUAGGCCUUUCAGAGAACUUUUCUGUGACCAUCUCUAUUGUUCUCCCUCAGCUCAGUUUCUGUACGGUGAGUCAACAUUAGACUUACAACGUUCUGUGUUAACUCCGUUCUUUAUCGUAAGCUAAAUAUUAGAACAGCUCCAUCUCAGUUGUUACUGAGACUGUUGGAGGGGGCCUGGUGCCUGGUCCGGCAUAGGUAUAGGAAAGCAAGAUGAGACCUAAGAUUUGUCAGAGAAGCAAAUGCACUGUUAAUGCUAGUGAGGAUGUUGUGUUAAAAUAGCUGAAGCAUGAACAUUGAAGCAACAGGAACCUGUGCGUGGCCUGAACUGGAAAAGUAAGAUAAGAGAGAUAUCCAGUCGAAAACAGGCUUAUUGCAAGUGCUGUAAGAGGCAGGACAAACCACUCCCACCAUCUGCAUUUCAAAAGAUAAAACUUGACAGGGUGAAGGAAAGGAAAACCUACCAUAUUUCUGAGUGUGAGAGAUGGUUUUGAUGGCAAUUUAUGAAAGGAGUGUGUUGGCUGGAGGCACAUUUUUGUAAGCUACUUCAGAUGUCCUGCAAUAAACCCUGGAUUUUGUUACUCCGUGACUGUAGAGGAAGGCGGGAGAGAGAAAAUACGUGGUUUAGCAGUGAAUGCUUGUAGCAAGAAGAAACUGCUGGGCUUUGUAACUGCUGCAUAAGCACUGGAUGAGAGGGAUGCUGUUCCCCCUGCCUCUGCGGGUAGCCUGCAGUCUGCUUGCCUGGCUCGCUCUCUACGCUUGGUUCUGCCACCGCUGCAAACGCCGGAGUUACGAAUGGAGCUGCAGGCUGGUCACGCUGACUCAUGGCAUCCUUGCUACCUGUCUCUCUGCUUACAUUGGCUUCAUUGAUGGCCCUUGGCCUUUGAGUCACCCAGGAUCACCAAACACAACUCUUCAGGUACACGUGCUGUGCCUUAGCUUGGGCUACUUCCUCUUCGACCUUUGCUGGUGUGUGUACUUCCAGACAGAGGGUGCUUUGAUGUUGGCCCACCAUCUGGUGAGCAUCUUGGGCAUCACAGCAUCAUUGGCACUUGGGGAGUCAGCUACAGAGGUCAAUGCUGUCAUCUUUGGCAGCGAGAUCACUAACCCGCUGCUGCAGGCCCGCUGGUUCCUGAAGGAGAUGGGAUGUUACCACAGUUUCACAGGUGAUGUGGUGGAUUUCUUCUUCGUGGUCCUCUUCACUGGGGUGCGGAUUGGAGUGGGGGCCUGGCUGAUGUACUGUGAGCUUGUUUCUCCCAAACCCAGGUGGUACAUUAAGCUGGGUGGCGUCAUCAUGUAUGCUGUGUCCUGGAUUUUCAUGGUCAGCAUCUGUCGCUUUGCUAGGAGGAAGAGCAUGAAGAAGUACCACACUUGGAGGAGUCGGAGGAGUGAUGAGUUAUACUUGAAAACUAAUGGACAUCUGAAAAAACACUGACUGGAUGCUGAGUAAAGACUUCCUGGAGUUCACAAUCUGGCAAGGAGGGGAUCGUGCCUGAAAUGCCACUGUUGGGAGAGGAGCCAACACACAUUAGCAAUUCUGCAGCCAAAUUUAUCCCUGGCAUAACUCCACUGAAAUCCAUGGAGCUAUGCCAUGGAUUCAUUGGACCUGCAGUGUUUGACCUGGCAGAGGCUGGCUCAGCGUGUACGUAAGCAUACGCUAAAUGAUAUGAGUGAAAGAAGGGCUAAUUUUACAUACUAAACAUAACUAGUCCAGCAGUGCAGGUGUAAAUAGUAAUGUUAGUAGUAAACUCCUUCAGCACUGGUAGAAUCUUGGAAGAGAGGAGAAAAUAACACUAGAUCUUCAUGUUUGGUGUCCUAUACAGUCUAGACAGCUAGAGUGACUCUUCGUACUGCUAGGAAGGAGCAUGUUCUAGUGUUUCAUCAGAGUUGGGAUUCCUGGCUCUUCCACCAACUCGUUAUGUGACCUUGGGCAAGUCAUGUAACUAACUCUGUGCCUAAUUUCCCCAUCUGUGAAUUGGGGGUGAUGGAGCUGAUCCAUCUGUGUUAUGCACUUUCAGAUCUUUACUUGAGAGGUGCUAUAUAAAUGCAAAAUGUUGGUUGUUAUCUGCACUUUAUUGGUUAUCCCUUUGUUUCCUUCGGGAGAAACGAUUUUGGUGGUUGAACUAGAGUGUGGCUCUAGAAUGAACAGUAUUUUAGGUAGGUGGUUGUUUUCUACCCUUUCUAAUUCCUUUUAAUAACUUAUUUAAUAACAUAUUGAUAACUUAUUUUUCAGUAGUGUCCAGAAGCUCUAAUCAGCACUAGCACUUUGCAGGACUAGGUGCUCUGUGAAUACCCUCAAAGACACAGCCCCCGAUGUGAAAUGCUUUUCUAAUUUUUUUUUUUUCCCCUCUUCUUCAUCCCUGACUGUUAAAACUCUGUCCACCCCUUCCAAAUACUGCUUUUAGCUCUUUGAGUGACCAACACUCUCCAUUAUGAGAAGCCCCAUCAGGACUUGCCAGUAAGUGGUUUUCUCGCCAAUGGUCCAAGCUCUGAUUUGUCUGCAGAAUGCCAGAGUUCCCUCUGCUGUGCUUAUUGGCCCAAAUGCAGACAUAGCGUGGAGCCAGCCUGAGACCAAAUGGCAUGCCUUGAGAUUGUCAGACAAAUACCUUCUCCAGGUUGUAAGUAACUUAAAAAUAAGUUAAUGCAGAGUAAUUUACUGCAGCAAUUUGCAAACAAUCUGUAGUUGCUGGUUUUGGCAAUCUAAAGGGAAUGGGGUCCAAAACCCAAUUUGUGGUGAAGGCUGUGUAUUUCUGCUGCCCUUGAAAGUGUCAACCCAGAUUCAGACCAGUAUAUAUGAACUCGGAGUCUACUACAGUGUUUGGGGAAAGUGGGGUACUGUAGGUGAAUGUCUGGGAGCUCUACAGAAAAACGAUUGAGAAAUACUUGAAACUACCAUUGAUGUUUUUCCCCAGGACCACAGAUACGAGUUUUGACAACAGGGUUUCUUCAGAUCCAAAUGGAGAUUUCUGGUUGAAGAGAGGCCAGCAUGCAUUUUUAAAACAUGGUGGCUAAAGUGGAAGAGCUACCCAGCCUCAGUUCUGACCCCUGCCCUGUUCAAGCCAGAGACCUAACCUUGGCUCUUCUUCAUCUAAAUCAAUGCUUUGACCCCUGGGCUUUGAAUUCACUUCUGUCUCCCUGCUUGAAUCUGGGUCACUUUAUAAGAGUGAGCAUUUGUAGGGUAAGAGAGACUUAUUUUACAGCCUAAUAAUUAGAGGAACGAGAGGCACUGGCCUUUUUUAAGAAAAAAGGGAACGUGACUGGGAGAAAACAUAAGCAUUACUUAUCUGGUCCCAUUUGCAGGGACAAACUGUCCCCUGGUUGGCAGCUUCUGGUGUUUUUCACUGUAUGUUCUUAAGCACUGUUCGUUUGUUAUUGCUGUUAUUACUAUGAUUAUUUAUUUUGAGCCUCAGCACCAGGCCUCAAGUGUAGCUCAGGUGCCAGUUCUGCUUUGAGCCUUGCCUGUUGCAGCCAAAGACCUGAAGAGCCCAAAGCACUUCAAAUAAGCAGAGCCAACUGAUGGGUGAGCUGGUCCUGAAAAGGAAACUUGACUCAUUUAGCACAGCACAGUGAUACUGCUAUUGAGCCUUCAAGGGAGCCAAGGAGGGCUAGUUGGGGCUUGCUGGUUCUUUCCCAGCUCUGCUGAUGCUGUUGCUGUUGGGCAUGUCAAGGAGCCUUUUUGCCUCAGCUUACCCACUUAAUUAAGUGGGUACAGUAUUACCUACCUCUUGGGGUGUUCUCAUUUGUUAACACUAAGCCACCUUUGAUGAAUGCUCGGAGGUCUGUGUCAAGCUGUGCUGUAUAAAGGCAAAACGCUGUUGUGAGUGAAGCACUUCUCACUGUGACCCAUCGACAGUACUUUGUUACCUGAACAUGGCACUUCACAGCAUCUGGCUUGCCUCACAAAAGCAGGAGUCCAAGGUUCUUUGCAGUGGUGCUUAUGGGUGGGAGUCCAAAGGAGUAAGCUAGUCACGUGCAUAAAGAUGAGCUGUGCUGCUUCUUGUUCAGGUGGAUUCACAAGUUGAAGAAAGGAUGUCAGGUGGGCUUUCCUUAAUAACGAUUGCAGUAAAUCUGGAGUCAAAAAGAGUUUCAGCAACCAGCCUGACCAGGGAAUAAGGCUUUCAGCAGAAAGUCCUGAAGAAAUGUAGGUGAAACAGCCUGUUCGUUUCUCAGGGCAGCUGUUAAUUUGACUACCAAGAAGAUUUUCCUGAGCAGUCCUGAUGACUUGGACUCUGACCUCUGCUGAGGUUUGGUGUGCAGCUUAAUGCAUGAUUACAGCCCUUCUGUUGGGGCUGUACAGCCGAUACCUGCCCAAGUGAAUAAGGAUGUCAGUUAGUGACUGCAAGCAUCUGUGAAACACCUUGUGUGAAGAUGUUUUGAAAGAUCAUGCACUUUUAAUGGCUGAGUGGUCCCCUUCUUUAAACUGGGGGGAAAUACAGAAGUAGAGCACUGUGAUCAACAUCGGGGCUUUCGAAGUUAAACAAGGGCACUAGAAAACAACAGAGCAAUGAAGAAUGUUUUAUGAGGUAGAGUUAGCAACGAUCUCUCAGAGCAAGGCCUCAUUGUCUAGUGGGCUCCAGCAUAGAAUCACAGACCCAGAAGUACAACUUUCAAGCUGUGGAGCACAUGGUGGGACCUUUCCUCACGCUAGUCCAUAGUGGCUAGAGCAAAUUGUAAAAGGAAACUGCAGACCUAGUGUGAAAUAACUUGUGUUUGAAUUACUGUGUAAUAGCAACUAAUGUUCCACCAGUGAAUGGUGUAGAUGCUUUGUAUUAUGUUUUAUAAAAUAAAGAUUAUUUAAUUUUGAGGAA